UUUUUUUUUUAAAAUUCAACGCUUCAACCUUGUCGGUAUCGCUGUAUGUAAUAUGUAUAUCACCAUUUUCUUUAAUAUCCUGAAGCGGUGGUAUUUCAGUAUGGAUUUAGUUUUCAAUAUAUCUUUCAAAAGUUUCCAAUACAUUUUUAGAACUUUUGAUACUUGCAUCAGUAAGAUUGGCUUCUAUAUUAUCAUAAUAGUUUGAUAUCGCUACUUUUUUCAUAUUGUUAACUUAGUUACGUAGUUUAAUAAACAAAAUAUCCCAAUCAGAAUUGCUUUUUUUGUUUUGAGCGCUUUACUUCUCGCGCAGUUUCUUACUCUUAGACGGAUUGUUUUCCGCAGUGCUGGAUCGAACCAUGGUUUAUCGUUAGGUCUAAUGAAGAUUUUUUUUUUCGGAAUGGAUUGUUUUACAUGGUUUAAGAAAGUUGUAGACAAAGUUCUCUCCGCCCGAUCUAUAUGUUAUAGGUGGUAGGUCAAAAUAUGGUUUAACCCCCAACCCCCCGAAAGUUGAAAAUAAAAAUCAUUAAUUUCCCAUAGAUCUUCCCAAGAAACCAACCUGGCAACCGUGUCGGCAAACAGGCGUUACUUACCCCAACAAGGGCAUAGUGACGGCAUAUUAAUGAAGUAAAAUAAGUGAGUAUAUAUAGUCCGGCCGCUUGAAAUUUAUCAAGUCAGGGCCCUCAGCAAGAGGCUGGUGUAGAGAAGUCCCGAGAACAACUGUUGCUGGGAAGAAAUUGAGAUGACAUCGAAGCUGCAAGAAUUUAAAGGAGUGGGAUGAUCUGGUUCUGCCUGGAAUCAGGUGGUCAUGGCGAGAAAAGACCUGGUCCUGCAUGAUUCGAGGGUCUCCAAGUUUAAAGCAGAGACAAAAUACAACAUCACAGUCAAGCCAAUCUUCUCUCAAGACUGUCUCCGUAAAUCUCCACUGCUCGUCGGGGAUUACGGAGACAGCCAAGAAGUUGUCUAUUGAAAGAAAGAAAUAUUACCCUUUGAACAUCUACAAUUCAGUUGAUGAUAGAUCAAAGAAAAAACAUUGUAAAGAACUAUGCAACCCUGUCCAUGUAGUUCAUGCUAGAAGGUUAUGUGAAUUUUUACAUGAAUGUUUUGAAUAUUGCGCUCUAAAAGUAAAGUGCUAUAAUUAUAUUUAAUUAAUGUAAUAUGUGAUGCUAAAUUGCAUACAUACAGUUAGUCCGAAAUAUCUGACGUUUUCCUGGUUUAUUUUAUGAAUUUGAUAUUUACCGUGCCAGGCACGGUAAAAUACAUGCAUCAAAAUCAUAAAAUAAGCCAGGAAAACGUCAGACAUCACAGGUACAUGUCAAAUAUAUAUACUUGUAUUUACAUUUAUGUAUAUGAACUGUUAGUAUUUAGUUUAUUGUCAUUAUGUAUCUCAUAUUGUGUAACGUGAUUGUAUGCCAACAUGCUUGGUGAAUCAAUAAAUAAAUUGAAUUGAAUAUUGAUCGGGCUCGUUAUUUGCAUUUAAAACGCAAUGAUGUAAACAUCCGUUUUCAUUUUCAACUUGCUUAAGCAGGUGCUUGCUAUUGUGUUGCGUGUUCUUUUUGAAAUGAAGAAUGUAUUUUUGUGUCUGUUCUGUUUAUCUACACUCCAGGAGGUUACAAACUCCAGGCACUUCAAUCAAAACCCGCCAAAACUAAAUGUGUUAUUACUGAUAGCCGACGAUUUGGGAAUUGGUGAUCUCAGUUGCUAUGGAAACAAAAAUAUAACGACCCCAAAUCUAGAUCUUCUCGCCGCCGAGGGUAUAAGAUUCAACAGGAUGUAUUCAUUUCCAUCAGAUUCCGGGAGCAUGUCGGCAAUUCUGACGGGCAGGCAACCCCGGAAGUUGGGUUUUGUAAAAGGUAUUCAGGAUUGGACAGAUUUCUGGAGUCCUGCUCAGUCAGGUGGACUGAUUCCCGGGGAAAUGAACCUAGGGAGAUUGUUUUCUGUUAAUCACAUGAAUCCAUUUUAUAGCGGGAAAUGGGGCUUGGGAUUCCAACCAGACACAAUACCAACUUCCAAUGGAUUCUUAUCCUUCUAUGGUACCCCAACAUCUCACACUGUGGGUUGUACCCGUACCAAAGAAAACAACUUUUCAGAUACAAAUCUUUUCUGGCAAAAGAUGGCAGAAUGUGCACCAAUAAUUCUUAGUCUUGCUGCAAUGCUUCUGAUUUCAAAGUAUCAUUCUGUGAUAAAACUGAGAGCGUGCAUCCUAUUAAUGUGUUUAUUGGUGACAGGUGUUGGACUGCUCAGAGUCUUUUGCUGGAUGACAAUAUAUAAUCGAAAUGCGUGCAUAUUCAUGGAAAAUAAUGUUAUCAUGGAACAGCCAUAUCAUGAAGAUAAUUUGUCCCUUAGAUUGACCAAAAACACUGUGCAUUUUUUCAACUACAGAGCCAAAAAUUACAUGCCUUUUCUGUAUAUAAUGUCAUUUCUUCAACCAAAGUUUCCGCAUCUUCGGUCACCCCCAUUCAAAAACAAGACAAAAUCCUCCUAUUAUGAUGCUGUGCUGGAGCUAGACUGGAGUGUUGGGAAGAUUUUGCAAGCCUUAGAGAAAAACAAUAUGAAAAACAAUACACUGGUAAUCUUUGUUUCAGACAAUGCACAGUCAUACAGUCACCCAAUUACCAAACUUCCACUACCCUCUCAUCAACAUGGCUCCAACAGUUUUACAGCCAACAAAAUGAUCACGAAGUUACGAGGGGAAAAGGGAUCCAAUAUGGAGGGUGGCUUACGAGUGCCUGCAAUAAUGAGACUACCUGGAAAAAUCAAAUCAAAUACAGAGACAAAUGUAGUAGCAUCACUCAUAGACAUAUAUCCAACCAUACUAGAUUAUUACAACAUUGAGAGAACAAUGCAGGAUCGAUCAGUUGAUGGAAAAAGCUUAUAUCCAGUGUUUGACAACCCCAGUAUGUUUCCCUCUUCUUCACUCCAUGAUCAGCUAUAUCAUUAUUGUGAUACGGGUCCUGUGGGGGCAGUCAUAGUCGGGAACCUAAAAAUUUUCUUUAGAAAUGGAACUGAAACAGAUUGCUCUGGACCACUUCUUGAGACUCCUCUCAUAUUCAACAUCUCCUCUGAUCCAGAAGAGUUACACCCCUUGCCUGUCAAAGCUCACAUGCCCCUAUUAUAUCACAUCAAGGCUUCCCUGAAAAAAUAUGAAAUGACUGCUAACCUCCAUCAGAUGAAGUUUUCACAGUAUGACGAGAUUCCAAACCCAUUUGAUUUUCCAUGCAAUGAUUUGUUAGACUGCACCAAAACUUAUGAUCAAGAUGAAACAUUUAAUGCAUUAUUUCAUGACAAUUAAUUUAAAGCUUAAUAGUAAUAGAAAAGUGAUGUAGUAGUAGAGUUUACUGCUUUUUUCUGUCCUAACCAGGCAGGUUGCAUCAAUUAGGCUUUACAUGGAAAUGCUUCUGUGCAGAUUGUGGGUAUGAAUAUUCCCCAAAAGGUUGUACAAAAGACAUUUACAUUGCAAUAUUCAUAUCAAAACAUGCAUAAUACAAUAUAGUAAAAUUCAGCUUAUCUGUUUAUCAUGUACCUCCAUCCACAUGUGGUGCAUGUAUUUCACUUUCAUGAAUUUUACAAUCAAUCUAGUUUGUGUGUGUGUAUUGUAUAUGCAUUUCAUGUAAUUAUCAUUCCAGAGAUUUGUAUGUAUCUUGAUAAAAUUUGUAUAACUACAUUAUGUAUUACAGAAUUCCAACCAAAUGACUUGUGAUAUAAAUUACAUGAUUCAACUUCUGAAUACAGGUACAUGAAACCAUGAUAUAUACAUGUAUAUAUAUGUAUAUAUAUAUAAACUAACUGAGUAUAUUCAAUCUGCUUCAUGAUAUUUUUAACAUAUAUAAUUAUAUUUAUAAAAUGUAUAUAAUAUAUACAUACAUGUAUAUAUAAAACUUAAAAAAUAAAAGUUUUGCAUUUAUGAA